CGUCUUGGGUGAGCCAUUCUUCAGUAUUUCUUCUGCUGAUCGAGCCACUGAAUCGAUCAGCUCCAUGGCGCCCUCUCCUGUUAUCCUUGUUAUGGCUGCACUGUUUCUCCAAGCUGCAACAAUGGCGGCAACAACCGCGCUAACCGUAUCGCUGCCGGGCUGCCCGAGCUCGUGCGGCAGCAUGGUCAUCCCCUACCCGUUCGGCGUCGGCGCCGGCUGCCACCUCGCCGGCUUCGCCGUCACCUGCAACCGCUCCUACCACCCACCGAAGCUCUUCCUGCGCGACGCCGACGCCGCUGAGGUGCUCGAGAUAUCCCUCCUAAACUCCACGGUGAUCGUCAGCAGCGCCGUCCGGUACGACGCCGCCAAAGGCGAGGGCGCGUGGGGCCGCGGCCUCGCCGGCGCGUUCCGCCUCAGGGAGCGGCGGAACCGGCUCGUCGUCGUGGGGUGCAACCUGCAGGCCGUCCUCCUGGACGGCGACGACAUCGCCGCCGCGUGCACCACCAUCUGCGGCGGCGCCGGCGCCACCUGGCCAGCAGCGGCCGACGGCGAGCUCGCGGAUUACUCGUGCGCGGGCGUUGGCUGCUGCCAGGCUUCCAUCUACCUAGGCCUCACGUCGUACGGCGUUCGGCUGUCGCCGUUCGGCACAAGCACCGGGCCGCCGCCGCCGCCGCCGACCUCCUCCGCCUCGUCGUCUAACCAAUCGGAUUCGGCUCUCGUGUUCGUCGCGGACAACGAGUGGUUCGGCGGGAACGCGAGUAAGCUCGGAUCAGCAGCAGCGACGAUGCGACCGGGCGGCGGCGGCAUGCCGGUGGCGCUGGCCGUGCUCGACUGGGCGAUCGGGAAGUCGGGGUGUCCGCCGCAUGGGCCCGACGACACGGCCUGUAGCAGCAGCAACAGCUACUGCCGCAACUCUACCAGCACCUCGCUUGGCGGCUACUCGUGCCAGUGCGACAACGGGUACCAAGGCAAUCCGUACGUUGCAAAUGGAUGUCAAGAUAUCGACGAGUGCGCUCUGCCAGAAGAAUAUCCCUGCUACGGUGAAUGCACAAACAAGCCAGGAUCGUUUUCGUGCAUGUGUCCGGGUGGGACGCACGGUGAUGCUAUGAACGAAGGAGGAUGUGAACCAACGACUCUCCUUGUGGCGAUAGGAGGAACCAUCGGCAUAGGAAUUCCAUCCGUGUUCGUGAUAGGCAUGGCAAUGACGAACAUGAUCAAGGCACGGAGGGCCAAGAAACUGAGAGCCGUAUUCUUCAAGCAGAACCGGGGUUUACUGCUGCUGCAACUUGUUGAUAAGGUGAUUGCUGAAAGGAUGGUGUUUACCUUGGAAGAGCUCGAAAAGGCAACAAAUCGAUUCGACGAGAUGAGAAAGCUCGGCAGCGGCGGCCAUGGCACUGUCUACAAAGGCACCUUGCCAGACAGACGUGUCGUUGCCAUCAAGAAAUCGAAUAUUACGGUUCGUAAGGAGAUCGAUGAUUUCAUAAACGAAGUUGUCAUUCUUUCGCAGAUCAACCAUCGGAAUGUUGUGCGGUUAUUCGGAUGUUGCCUUGAAACACAGGUUCCACUACUGGUCUACGAGUUCAUAUCGAACGGCACUCUUUCCGACCAUCUCCAUGUUGAAGGCCCUACAUUGUUGUCAUGGAAAAAUAGAUUGAGGAUUGCUCUUGAAGCUGCAAGCGCUUUAGCCUACUUACAUUCAUCCGCUUCAGUAUCAAUAAUUCAUAGGGAUGUUAAGUCUGCUAACAUAUUGCUUGAUGGUCGCUUAACAGCAAAAGUUUCGGACUUUGGAGCCUCUCGAGGCAUUCCGGUUGAUCAAGGUGGUGUGACAACAGUGAUCCAAGGCACAUUUGGAUAUCUUGAUCCUGAAUACUAUCAAACAAGUAGAUUGACCGAUAAGAGUGAUGUGUACAGUUUUGGUGUCAUACUCGUGGAGAUGCUCACAAGGAAGAAGCCUACUGUUUUUGAAUCAUCAGAUAAUGUCAGCCUAAUUGCACUUUUUAAUUUGCUAAUGGUACAGGACAACAUCUACGAGAUAUUAGACCCUCAGGUAAUUUCGGAGGGCAUGGAAAAUGUGAAAGAAGUCGCGGCGCUAGCAUCGGCAUGCCUAAGAUUGAAGGGGGAAGAGAGGCCAACAAUGAGGCAAGUGGAGAUAAGGCUGGAAAGGCUGUUAGGCGGUGACAUUUUGCAAGGGCUUUCAGCUGAGCUGCACUGUCUACCACCUCAACUGAGCAAUACCGACACUACUAGCAAGCUAUACAACAUGGAGCGGGAUUUUUUGCUAUCGUCGAGCUUCCCACGGUGAUCUUACUACAUGUGUACAAACUACAUACAACUUUACCACUUAAAGUUGUUUAGCAUGUGUUUGAUUUGAAGAUGAGGUGAGAUGUGUUAGAUGAAUUGGGAUCACCUGCAGUGGCUAUAGAAAGUGAUAUCCGAAACCUUCCUGAAUCAACUCAAAAAAAAAAAAAAAAGAAAUCUUCCUGAAUACUGUUCACAAAAGACAGUACCAAGGUUUCUCCUGUAGGCUGUAGCUAGAACUGUAGCAGAUAAUGUUUAAAACUACACUGUAGCGUCGGUUUCAGUCGUUAUUGUCUUGAUCCAAGGAUGGAAAAGAGUUUCUACUGGCAAAGUUGCAGUCUCUGUUAUGACUGCAUUGGAUCUUUAUCCUGAUCCCAAUUAUUCAUUUGACAUGAGUCAUGACCUCGUGAUGUAAUACAACCCUACAACUACAAGCAGCUCUGUAGCAUCAAUGUUGCUGCCUCUGCCGCUGCCGCUUCCACAACUCCCAUGGCUUUCUUUGUUGAUCU